CAGUCUCCAUACUAUAUUUUCCGACUCUCUGAGCUUCUCUGUCUGCUCUCUCAACAAACUCUUGAAAAUAAUGGAGCUCAAACCAACCUCCAACAAUGGCCAUAGCUCAACCCCUGAACCAAACCUCGACCUUCCAAACCCUAGCAAUGGCGAAACCCACAAAACCCACGACCCCCAUUUCUUCUAUGAAGACAUUGACAGCAACUGCUCCACCCCUUACGUCAGCGCUCCCUCCAGCCCCGGCCGCGGACCCAUCAGCGGUUUCUUCUACAGUGCACCGGCGAGCCCAAUGCACUUUGUCCUCUCUUCAAAUUCACUCAACUCACCCAACUCUUCUUCGUUUGACACGGCGGCGUCGGAGUUCGAGUUCUCAGCUCGGUUCGGGUCGAAUGGAUCUACUGCGACCGGGCCGAUGAGCUCGGCGGAUGAGCUGUUCUUGAAUGGAAAGAUCCGGCCCAUGAAGCUCUCCACCCACCUGGAAAAGCCCCAGGCGCCGUUGCAAUCUGUCAACGAGGAAGAUGGAGAUGAUCUAUUCGAGUUCGGGCCGCUGAGAGGCAGAGAUCUGAGGAUGAGGGACAAGUCUCUGCGGCGGAGAACGAGAUCCAUGUCUCCCAUGAGAAACCUGCCCUUUGAUUGCGAGAUUUACGGCGAAAAUGAAAUCAGUAAUAAUGACUGUUGCUUUGCGGAAGAUCUGAAGGAGGGUGAUUUGGGGAAGAAGAAGAAGCCGGAGAAUGGUGAGGAGGAGGAGGAGGAAGAAGUUGGGAGCUUGGAGACUACUCCGUCGGUUUCGGCUUCGUCUUCAAGAUCAUCCUCAGCUGGAAGAAACUCGAAAAGAUGGGUCUUUCUGAAAGAUUUUCUCCACAGGAGUAAAAGUGAAGGGAGGAGUAACAACAAAUUCUGGGCCACAAUCUCAUUCUCGAGUAGUGGUAAGGAGAAGAAACCCAUGAAGGGAGGGAGUCAAAAGGAGUCUUUAAAUUUGGGGACGGAGCCGGUGACCCAGAAAGCCAAGGGGGCAAGUGGGUCUGCUCCGGGGAAGAAGCCGGUGGCCGGGAAACCAGCCAACGGAGUCGGGAAGCGGCGGAUGGCUCCGUCGCUUCACGAGCUGCAUUACACUGCUAAUAGAGCUCAGGCGGAGGAAAUGAGGAAGAAGACUUACUUGCCCUACAGGCAAGGAUUGCUUGGAUGCUUGGGUUUUAGCUCAAAGGGGUAUGGAGCUGCCAUGAGUACUGGGUUUGCUAGAGCACUAAACCCAGUCUCUUCCAGGUAAAAAAAAAAAAACUAGUCGGUUUAAAGUUAAAAAGCCUAUGUUGUGGAAGGAAGUGUAUAGAUUUUUUUUUUUUAAUCUUCUUUUUGGUUUUUACUCUUUUGUUGAGGAUUGUUUAUGUGAUCCUCUUGGUGGGUAGCUCUUAAAGAUCUCUUUUUUUUGUCUAAAAGAGAAGAUCUGCAGUAGUAGUCUGUGGGGGUAUGAUGAAAUUGUGGGAUAAUUCUUUUAUUCCCAGCAACUAUGUGUAAGAUGAUGCUUAGCCCUAGCUCACUGUAAAUUAUUCUGUAGCACUGUCACUCUGGUUAUGAUGUUGGUAUCAAUUAAAUCUAUAUAUGAUGAUUAUAUAUA